AUGGCCACCAUUGCUCUCGCCCUCGUCUGCGCUCUGUUUUAUAUCAUCUUUGUUCUUAUAUCCCGGAACGGAAACCAGAAGGGUCUCUCUCACGAAGGUUUCUUCCAGCGUGUUACCCAUCUGCUCCAGAGCAUCGGUCAGCAAACGGGACCUCAGGGUUCAAAGAUAUUGAAGAGGAAAGAGGUUGAAGAAACGCUUAGCCCUACGACAUGGCAGAGACAGUCGUAUGAUGCCUUCCAAGCCGCCGUCUGUUCAACAGACCCUGUAGCUUUCCCUUGUGUAUAUGCUACCAAGGGCUUCAAGGCAAAGGAGCACAGAUAUAUCUUCUUGGACUCCGAAGAUAUGAACAACAAGAAGAACAUUGCCACCUUGGCCGCCGCACUCAGGGAAUAUCUUACAACGCCGCAAUCGGAACUGGGCCCCAACACAAGUCUGGUUGUUCUUUUCCCCAUCAUCAACUCACAACUAUCGCCUCAAGAAUACCAUCAGAAAUACUGGGACUGUCUCCGUGCUCUGAGAAGAGUUGACACAAAGCCAUGGCCAUCACACAUCCCAACGGACACUGAUACUCCGCUGUGGAAAUUUUGCUUCAAUGGCGAGCCAGUGUUCAGCGCAGCCAUGACGCCUUCCCACGAGAAGCGAAGAUCACGAUAUGCACCAUGCUUUUGUAUUGUCUUCCAACCUAACUUUGUCUUUGAUAUUCUCUUUGCCACGGAUCUGAAGAAGAAAGCGGCUAUCUCAAAGGUUCGAGGACUGCUGGCCGAUUACGACGAAGUGCCCAUUAGCCCGGAAUUGAAGAACUACGGAGAUGCCACUGGUCGGGAGAGUAAGCAGUACUUCAUCAUGGAUGAAAAUCAGUCAUCGCCUCCAUGCCCUUACACAUCCCUUGAUGUCUAA